AUGUCGCCACUCGAAUAUCUUCACAACCCGUCCUACCCUAUCGUCCUUGCGCAGUAUAAAAGGGAUGGGUGGGGUGUCGGACAUGAAGAACACCUCCACUGGGCGCUUAUGACGAUAACAGACACGAACCGUCUCCGUGGCCACUGCUUCCAAGCAGUAGAUAGGGUAUACGCAGACGAGAGAGGAAAGGUCUGGUCCCUGCAUUAUGCUAAGGAUGCGUCGCUGGAAAGGACGUCCAAGUGUCUCGGGGGUAUCCAGAUCGGUUCAGUCAAAGCUCGCAAGUUGGACUCCUUGCUAGAGAUCAUACAACAACACUCGACGGUCCCGAAAUUUGCGGGUUGGAACUGUAGGGAUUGGAUUUUGGAGGUCGUGGAGACGCUGGCGUGUAAGGGAUGGAUUCAUGAGAGAUUCGCUGCUGCCCAUGAAGCCGCUAAUCCGCAAGAGGUAUUCUUGACUGGUCUUCGAAUUGCUAGUCGGGCCACCGCUGCAAUCCAAGGAAAGGACUUCAAGCCGCAGGUACAAUGGCUCGAGUGGUGA